GCGGCCACCCAGAGCAGGCUCAUUCUCCAUGGAGGGCACCAACACAACAGACCUCUCUCUGAAUUACCCAUAUGAUGGAAAUUGGAGCUAUGGGGAAGAUAGUGAACUUCCAUGUGUCCAUACAUCGGCCACAGAGAUGAUCUUGACACCUUUUCUCACAGGGAUCUGUAUCUUUGGAAUGGUGGGGAAUGGGAUAGUCUUGUGGUUCCUGGGCUUCCAGAUGAAGCGGAAUCCUUUCAGCGUCUACAUCCUAAAUCUGGCUGUCGCUGACUGCUGUGUGUUCCUCUUGUUUUUUCUGUUCACAUUGGCAUUUUUCAAUUUAACAGUCAUUUGUUAUGGUUUGAAAUCUUUUUUUCCUUUCUUCAUUCAUUUUUUAUAUGCAGUUGAAUUCCUGUGCCACUUCUUUGUCCUUAGAAGCCUGGGUCUCCUGACAGCCCUCAGCACGGAGCGCUCUGUCUCUGUCAUCUUCCCAAUCUGGUAUCGCUGCCACCGCCCAAAGCACUUGUCAGGCAUCGUGAGUGGGGUGCUCUGGGCCAGCAUCGGCUCUUUCAUGUUGUCCAUUUAUCUUUGCUUAGAAUUUGAUGAAAUUCAUGUAACAAUAUGUAAAAGUGUGGCCAUUGCCUAUUCCUUGAUAUUGUCAUUAUUGAUGUUGAUUUCCAACGUGUCCAUGGUCAUGAGGCUCCGAUGUGGCUCACAAAGACGGAGCCUGGGGAAUCUCUAUGUUGCUGUUGUGCUCAAUGUCAUCUUCUUCUUUGCCUUUGGGAUGCCUUUCAGUGUUAAGUUUUUCCUCGAUCUCUCCGUUUCAAGUAUUUUAUUUCCAGAAAAAACCACUCUGGUUCUGGCUCUGCUGAACAGCAGCAUCAAUCCAGUCAUUUACUUCCUGGUGGGGAGCUGCCGGCAGCACCGCUUCCAAGGCUCCAUCCAAGCCGCCCUGCGCAGAGUGUUUGAAGAGAAAGCGAGGAGCAAGGAGGAGAGCCCCGUGCCUGAGGGCAUCCCCAUGGAGAGCACUGCCCAAGGCCCUGCUGGGCAGGGGGAGGCCUGA